UACACAGAGAAGAGAGUGGACGACAGAAAGUAAGAGAAGGAGAAGGAGGACGGUGGCUCCUGAGCAUCUCCUGCGCACCUUUUCAUUCCUGCACGCUCACGGAUCUUAAAAGUCUACACUUAACUUCACCUUCCUCGUGUUCGCUCCAGAGAAGAGAUUAAAACUUUUGCAAAGAGACUUUUAAACAUUUUUUGAGGGGGGAGAGAGUUGAGAGGAGAGAGACGCGAUUCCUGGAAGAGUUUUCGUUCAUUUUUUCCCCCAAACCAAGUCUUUCCAUCCCUCGAGAAGUUUUAAAAAGUAAAGCCCUUGUUGGUUCCAGGGCUCGGCUUCACUUUUUCCACGUGUCCAACGGUGUCCCAGCUUUUUGACAUAAACGUGUCACCUUGAGAUUCUGCGUGCCUUCAAGUUUCAGACUUCAUUUCAAGUCACUGAGCCACAAACGAGACCAAAAAUGAGAUUUCAAACACCAGGACAGCCCCCGGUCUUCUGUGAUUAUUGUCCUAAAUGCUUAAACCAUUAAAACAAAGUGAGUUUUAAUGGUUUUAUUUUUUCACUUUACAAGCUGAGCUGUGACACUGAAGACACGGGGAGCCUGGCAGCACAGCUCACCUGUAGCAUCUCCUGCGCUCAGACGACACUUUGAUUUGCACUUUUUACGCACAGAAACGCCACUUUGUGACUGUUUUGAGACAGACAUUCAAUCUAUCUGAGAGAGAAGCUCGCACACCACGCAGUUCAUUCAUUCUGAAAACACAACCGCCUGUUGUCACUUCCAGAGGGCUUUGGAGUGCGUAAAGGAGCGCUGCGCUUUUACGCAAAAAAAGGAAAAAAACUUCCAAAGCCAACUUUUAAAUCAUCCAAGGGAUCCAGACCUACCCAUUUUUGUCACGAAUACAAAGUUUAAAGAAACUUCCGAGCAACUUUCAUCAGCUUUUUGAAAGUCGACCAGAGCUCCAGAGAGACCGCCGGGCUCUCCAUCACCAUGCUGUUCGACAGCUUCGACCUCGUUUCGGCUCUGGCCACUCUGGCCGCCUGCCUGGUGUCCAUGGCCCUGCUCCUCGCCGUCUCCCAGCAGCUGUGGCAGCUUAGAUGGACGGCAACGCGGGAUAAAAACUGCAAGCUUCCCAUGCCCAAAGGAUCCAUGGGCUUCCCCUUCAUCGGCGAGACCUGCCACUGGCUCCUGCAGGGUUCGGGCUUCCACGCGUCGCGGAGGCAGAAGUACGGCAACGUGUUCAAGACCCACCUGCUGGGCCGCCCCCUGAUCCGGGUGACGGGCGCCGAGAACGUGCGCAAGGUGCUGAUGGGCGAGCACACGCUGGUGACGGUGGACUGGCCUCAGAGCACCGCCGCGCUGCUGGGGCCCAACUCGCUGGCCAACAGCAUCGGAGACAUCCACCGCAAGAGGAGGAAGGUGUUUGCCAAAGUGUUCAGCCACGAGGCUUUGGAGUCUUACCUCCCGAAAAUCCAGCAGGUCAUCCAGGAGAGCCUCCGGGUCUGGAGCUCCAACCCCGAUCCCAUCAACGUCUACAGGGAGAGCCAGCGGCUGUCGUUCACCAUGGCGGUGAGGGUGCUGCUGGGAUUCAGGGUGUCAGAGGAGGAGAUGAAACAUCUGUUCGCGACCUUCCAGGACUUUGUCGACAACCUGUUCAGCCUGCCGAUAGACCUGCCGUUCAGCGGCUACAGGAAGGGCCUCCGUGCACGAGACACCCUGCAGAAAUGCAUAGAGAAGGCCAUCAGGGAGAAGCCGCUGUGUUCCCAGGGGAAGGAUUACAGCGACGCGCUGGACGUCCUGAUGGAGAGCGCCAAAGAGAACGGCACCGAGCUCACCAUGCAGGAGCUGAAGGAGUCGACCAUUGAGCUGAUCUUUGCCGCCUUCGCCACCACGGCCAGCGCCAGCACCUCACUCAUCAUGCAGCUCCUCCGCCACCCUCCCGUCCUGGAGCGCCUGAGGGAGGAGCUCAGAGCCAGGGGUCUCCUCCACAACGGCUGCCUGUGCCCCGAAGGAGAACUGAGGCUGGACACCAUCGUGAGCCUCAAGUACCUGGACUGUGUCAUCAAGGAGGUGCUGAGACUCUUUACGCCUGUCUCAGGGGGCUACAGAACCGCGAUGCAGACCUUCGAACUUGAUGGGGUCCAGAUUCCAAAGGGCUGGAGUGUGAUGUACAGCAUUCGGGACACCCACGACACUUCUGCUGUCUUCAAGGAUGUGGACGCCUUUGACCCUGACCGCUUCAAUCAGGAGCGGGGAGAAGACAAAGAGGGGCGCUUCCACUACCUGCCCUUCGGCGGUGGCGUCCGGUCCUGCCUGGGCAAGCAGCUCGCCACCCUCUUCCUUCGCAUCCUGGCCAUCGAGUUGGCCAGCACCAGCCGUUUCGAGCUGGCCACCCGGCAGUUCCCCCGCGUGGUCACGGUACCCGUGGUCCACCCUGUCGAUGGUCUGAAGGUCAAGUUCUACGGCUUGGACUCCAACCAGAAUGAGAUCAUGGCCAAGUCAGAAGAGCUGCUGGGAGCGACCGUUUGAAGGGCGGAGAGCUGACGAGAAGCGGGGGCGAGGGAUCGAAGACGUCUUUAGGGAGAAGAUUGAAGGAAGGAAAGAAAGAAUUUCAGAGUUAUUUUUUCUUCUCCACCUUUGCAAAGUUGGAGAUUCCUUUUCAGACUAAAAGAAAAGCAGAAGUCUCUCGUUACAACUGAUCAUGAUCGGGACUUUCCUCUGAGAAAGGAAGAAGCUGCCAAAAAAAGUUCUUAAUUAUGCUCUAUUCUGUGUAUUUUUUUAAAGAAAUAUACAAACAAAAUGUAUGUACAAAAAAAAAAAGCUAUGUAAUAUAAUUUGAAAGAGAAUGUGGGUAGUGCACAACGGGAGGAAGAGCAUGGUGGUACUUUUGGGGAAAUGAAGUGCUGAAAUUAGAAAAGCAAAAGUAAAGACGGUUGUGGGAGGAAGACAAGAUGGAUGAAACAGGGUAUAGGAUGAAAGAAUAUGAUAUUUUAGCAUUUUGCUUGUGCUUAAUCAGAUGCAGUGAACCAUUUCAGUUGUCUAGCAGGGUAAAAGAGAUGGAUGCAGAGAUGGACAGAUUUUCUGAUCAACUCAUGCUUUCUGCUGUGUUUUCCAUCAAAGGUCCAUCAGGAUUCAGACUGUUUACUAGCCUACGGAUGCAGUCAGAGGGAUCGUAGCACAUUGGGUAGCACCGAGCGGCUGAGCUUCAGAUUGGCGCCGCACCAUUUCUUCAAGCCAACUGUAUCGUGAUGCAGUAAAUACUUAGAGUCGUACUGCUAAUUCAAGAUGAGCAUCAAUUCAGGCAGUGAAGGGAAGGGCUGCACUUUGAGAUGAGCGAUGUAGUUCUAAUGAGGAAGAUAUACUGGUUGCAUAUUUUAAGGGCCAGAACACAUUCACGUUUUGAACAGAUGGGCAAUUUGUUCCGUUUCUUGUGACCUCCUUUCUUGCUGUAUUUUCACAAAGCUGCCUCUACACUUGAUGAGCCCAGUGAUUUUUAACACGACAGAAUGCUUCCAUUCAUGAACCGUACAGUAGAGUAAGGCUUCAGUUCUCAAAUAACCAACCAACAGAAAGGACAUAAAGGGUCAGAACUGCAGAGCAUUUACUCAACUGAUCUUAUCUUAGUGCUUUAGUAAAGGGUUAGGGUUAGAGGAACUAGGGAGCAUUUAGAUAAAGGGUACUUCUUGAAGAGGUAAAUCCUUGUUGGAAGAUUGAUGCCAUCGUUACGGCUUUUACAUGAUCCAAACUACGGUUCUAAAAGAUAAACCUAACAUGUUCUCCUACAUGUCACAUCUUCAUCUCUAGUGAAAACCCUGCAUUGCUCUCUUCUUCAGUCCCUGCUACCCACAGGUUGCCCACCAGCAUUGACUCAAAUUGUUGCCACCCCAGCAGUCUUACAGGUGUGUGAACUCAGGUGCAGAGUGGACGUUGUGGUGAAAAACAAACAAGCCUUCGCUUUUUGAUAUUACUGACCGCACAUAAAUUAUGUCACGUACUCACUGUCGUAGUUUCAGAGCUGGACCGAUUACUUUUUGAAGAGCUCUCAAUUACUUUGCUUCCUGUCCACAUUAACGAAAGUAUAUCAGGGGUUUCCAAUCGCGCUUGCUCUCACUUGACAUAUUCACCUUCUGCGAGCAUUUUGUAUCCCUGCAAGGAAGCAGUUUGGGUGGUGCGAGAAGAGACAACCAACAGGAAUCCCCAGUUGGCAUCCCAAAAGAUAAACGUUAGUGAAUCGAGGUCAAACAGUAAUGAGGUCCAGGUCUGCUUUGUAAACUCUCUGAACCUGUGCUUUCAUACAUAAACUACACUUUCAAGUUGCAUUGAGAUUGUCCUCUCGCGGAUCGUGACUUUAUUCCGAAACGGGGAUACGAUAAAAGAGCCGGCGGCGGCGAGAACGCAGAGGGAUGAGGCGGAGGUAGAGAGGAGAAGAUCUACAUACAUGCUGCUUGAGUGUUGCUUUGUCGUUCUGUGUUUGUUCAUUUGUGUUUUUAUUUUCCCGUCUCCUCGCGGCAGCCAUUUUUGAGUUCUGUGGAGAAGGUGACGUUCUGUCUUUGCUGCUCCUCCAAUCAACGCUAAGAAUGCAAAACGAAAUAAAUUCCAUGGUUUAAGCAACUUUAUUAGCUAAAAGAGAUUUAUUGUUUGAGGUGAUUGCACAAUCAGAACUCUCAGAGCUUUGUGUGUUCCAUUACUCCGGGGGGGGGAGGAAGAUUUUCUUUUCCCCUUAUAUGGAAAGUUUCUGCGGCGGAACUCUGGGACUGGUUAACGGAACUCUUGGACAUUCUAGAACCCUUGAACAGAGUUCCGAGUUCCAAACCGAAGCGUGAGAGAGAAGGACCAAUGAGGUUUCAGGGGAGCGCAGGGUCAUGCUCAGAGGGACUUCCUUAUUGGACGAUCCCGUCGUCCAAUAGCAUUCCAGACGGAUUCUGCCUGUGCUAGACGUUGUUCACUCUUUCUACCGACCACACCACUGAUUUCUUCACGAUAAAAAAAUUAUAAAAAUAGAUUUUUUUGCUGCUUUUCUUGUGUACAUUUUCUAAUUGAGAGUUCUAGAUUGCAAUAGUUUGUAUCGAGUGAGAUUUGCUAUUUCUUCCCUUUUUUUAUAUAAAUAUAAUUUAGCUGAUUAAAAUAUUUGCAUUUUGUGAAAGCAGAAAGAGCAUUAACAGGUUAUAGUGUAUAUUAAUUUGUACAAUAUUCCUUUCUUUAGCAGGCCAUGGGGAAAAUCAGCUAUUUACAUCUACUAAUAACCUAAUAUUAAUGUUAUUGUACGAUUAAUAUUGUUGUUAUAAGAUAUUUGAAAUGCUAUUUUUUAUUCUAUUACAGAUUUAGAGUUUUUAGCCUAAAUGAGAAGGUAAAUAUUGGAUGUAUUUAGAAUGUUAUGUAUUUCAGUUAUAUUGUAAACAGUGUUUAAAAUGUUAAUAUUGUUGAUUUGAUUACUGUAAUAAUUAUUAUUUGUUUUGUUAUUCAGACUUAUUAUCACUGCAUUUUAUUUGAUAUUAAUUAUGGAAAACAGAAAGCACUUGCGAGGUAUGUCUAUUUUUUAAGUGCCAUGCGACUACACUUCCCCUUCCUCUCACCUGUUGGUUUCUCUCAACCUGUCUUAUGUCAAUCUGUACAUAAUAUUUGUAUUUCUUUUUACAGGAAAAUAUGUUCAUUUAGUUUAAAUAUGAAUGUCUUGUUCUACUUUCUUCCAUUUCUUUUUUGUUACCGUGAUUGUUAAAUGUACUCCUGUAAUAAACUAUCAAGU